GACAGCUCUAAGCACCUGUUACUCUACCAGCAAGCAUAUCACCUUCCUGGACUAUGUUUUAAUAUAUGGGGACUUGUACUAUAGGGAAUAAAGAAUGGGAAAAUAUAUCAUCUGGAUUUUUGUUCUCACCAGCCUCUUAGCAGUUUCUGCUACAGAUUCAGUUACAGAUAAUGCCACUUCUAUAUGUGUGUGCAAGGCUGGUUUUAGUCCUGACCAAACUAAGACUCUUUGUAUAGACAUUGAUGAAUGUGCACGGCACACAGACAACUGCCAGCAAGUUUGCUCUAACACGAUUGGUGGAUUCAGGUGCUCCUGCCAGAAUGGUUAUGAGACAGACCCAAACAAUCCACUGAACUGCAACAAGAUUGAUUAUUGCAAAACCUCCCCCUGCAGACAUGGCCAAUGCCAAAAUGGAGUUUACAGCUACACAUGCAGUUGUAACUCAGGGUGGCAAGGAAUCAAUUGUGACAAAGAUGUGAAUGAAUGUGCAUCAGCAAAUGUAUGCAGCCCUAAAGGUAACUGCAUCAACACAGUAGGCUCCUAUACAUGUGAAUGUAUACCAGGUUGGACUGGACAAAUCUGCAAUGAAGAUGUAGAUGAAUGUCUUGCAAAUCCAUGUAGAAAUGGUGGACGAUGCAGGAAUGGCAUGGGAAGUUAUAUUUGCUUGUGUAAUGCUGGUUACGGUGGUGUGAACUGCGAUCAAGAUAUUAAUGAGUGCCUCAGUAACCCAUGUCAUAAUGGAGCUACCUGCAUUAAUAUGAUGUUUAGUUUCUCCUGUUAUUGUAGUCCUGGCUACACGGGCAGAUUAUGCGAUCUUGUUGAGUAUUAA